AUGGGGGACCAGAGGCCACAGGACCGGCCGAGUUCCCCGGGCAUGGACUCCAAGCCCUGGUACUGUGACAAACUGCCUUCCAAGUACUUUGCGAAGCGCAAGCACAGGCGCCUGAGAUUCCCACCCGUGGACACCCAGAACUGGGUGUUUGUGACGGAGGGCAUGGAUGACUUCCGCUACGGCUCUCCCGAAGAUACACUCGUUUGUCGCCGUGACGAGUUUUUACUCCCCAAAAUAUCUCUCAGAGGUCCCCAAGCUGACCCCAAAAGCAGGAAGAAAAAGCUGCUCAAGAAAACGGCCCUGUUUUCCAAGCUCUCGACAGCACAGCCAGCACGGAAGGCGUUCGUAGAGGAAGUGGAAGCCCAGCUGAUGGCCAAGCAUCCCUUGGCCAUGUACCCCAGUCUGGGAGAAGAUAUGCCUCCAGAUCUCCUACUACAGGUACUGAAACCGCUGGAUCCUGAGAGGAAGCUGGAGGACGCAUGCGCUUGUGAGGGCCAGGAGAAGACAACAGACGAACCCACGGAGCCUGGUAAAUACCCCCGUGGGGAAUUCUCCCCUCGGCCUCCCGAGACUCGGGUGUCCUAUCUCCGCCCAGAGCCUCCUAAGACUCUGGUGUCCAGUCUCCGUCCGGAGCCUCCUGAGACUGGAGUGUCCCAUCUCCGCCCAGAGCCUCCCAAGACUCGGGUGUCCAGUCUCCACCUGGAGCCUCCCAAGACUCGUCGAGUGUCCAGUCUCUGCCUGGAGCCUCCCAAGACUCAUCGGGUGUCCAGUCUCUGCCCGGAGCCUACCAAGACUGGAGUGUCUCAUCUAAAAGAACUGUUUCAGGAAGGUACAUCAAGCACAAUGGAGUGUGUUUCUGAUUCUCUUCAACGUAGACACACAUCGAGAAAACUCCAUGACUUCAAGUGGGCUGGAGACCUAGGAGUUGAUGAAGAAUCCAUCAGCAGUCUGUUUGACUUUACCCCUGAGUGCAGAGCAACCUAUCAAGACCAAAAGAAUAAGAAGGCAAACGAGUGUUCCUCAGGGCUGAAGUACUGCAUGGAGCUAGACGAAAUGGAUGAGGUCGAAUUCUUCUCACAGAAAAAAGACUUGAACGGGAAAAUCCAGACUGCACCGAAUUCUUAUAGUGCACAGCAUGUGAAGAUGGGGUAUGGAGCAUGGUACCUGAAGCCUAAGUUGGGGAAAAAGCUAAGAAGUGAUGAACCUUUGAUUGACCCCAAGCUCAUACUUGAAAAGCCUGAUGAACCCGACAUUCUUGACGGUCUUUAUGCACCAAUCGCCUUUAAGGAUUUCAUUCCAAGCAAGAACUAUGAAAUGCCUGGCAUCAUUCAAAGGCUGUUUGCCAGGAAGGGAUGGACUUAUGACUCGGUUAAGACUCCUAUUCAACGUGCAAUGCAAGUUUACAAGUACAAAGAAGAUGUCACAGAUGAAUCGGAAGAAGAUUAG